AUGAGGAUGCUUAUGUCCUCAGGCCCACCUGUGGCCAUGGGGCCAUCCACUCAGGAGUUAGUUUUCCCCAGGCCUCCGACUUUGUGGGUGGGGAAAAAAAAGUUCUGGUUAUUGGCCCGGGAACCUCGCGGGGCAGGGUGCCCAUUUCCAAGACGCAGACCUGGCUGGGAAGCCAACUUUUCCAAGAGGCCAUUCCUUCCGGCUCCCUUCCUCGUCCCCACCAGGUACUCAGCCCCUCACUCGGAGCCCGGCCCCCUGGCCCAGCCCCCCAUUUCCGGAGCCUGCGCCCCGGGACCUGGCAGGGACCGGUCCCCGGGGAGGCCUAGUUCUCGCUUCUUUCCCGCCCCGGCCUCACUCCCGCCGGGCGCCACGGCCACCCGGGGCCCGGGGCCGAGGCGAGAGGAGGACACCCACCUGGUCGGAGUCACAUGCUGCCCGGGACCGGCCCGAGAGUCCCCUCCAGGUCCGGGCGCCCGCCGCGGUCCCCAGCCAGGCCAGGCCGCCCCGGCGCCCCACCCGCGGCCCGCCCCUGCCGCCGCCGCCGCCGGACGGGAGGGAGGGAGGGACCGGCUUCUCCUAAGGAAGUUUCAGGAACGCUGUGGCCCACAAUGCCAAACAGUUUCGUGGAUAGACUGUUCCCCGAUCCCUGUGUCGGCUGGCUGCUCCACUGAUCGUGGCACAAAGAAGAGGCUAAGCAGUUGUAUGGGAGGCCCUGUGGAAUAAAACUUGAUCGAGGAAGAAUGGCCUCCUCUCUGAUAGUCCUGAAGCAAUACUGUAUUCCAAAAAAAAAAAAAAAAAAAAAAAAAAAAAAAAAGUCCUAGUUCCGUCAUGCUCCUUUGAGGGAUUAAAUUUUAAACUGUUAGCUAGCUUUGACACACUCUCAAUUGUCAUGAAAAACACAGGAAGUAACAGGAAAUGCCAAGACUAGGAUUCAGCCAUAUAAGGGCAGGCCAGCAUGCUUCAUAAACCCAGCACAGGCCUGAGAACUAGGAGUGAAGUGAAUCAGAAAAUUAAAGCUGCCUGAAAAGUUUAAACUCCUUCUAGCCUGGGAGAGAGAACUCCAGCGAUCAGAACGUCCUGAUCUCUUAUUGGUGGACAGGUUUUGUCAACUUCUGAUCUAGAAGUUGCUGGUCUCUGACAGCUUCCAUAAUGCUGCUUGGGAUUAGCCGGUGGGGACAGGGAUGGGGUAUUCAUUUGGCUGCUCUUGGCUCUCCUUGGUAUGAGCUUGCUUUCCCUGUUUUCUCUGGGUUUCACACAGGAACCUCCUCACAUUUGCUGAUUCGGAGCAAAUUCUUAGUAUUUUUGUUCUUUAAGUCUCUACCCUUGCUUCUCUGCUCUCUGGCUCCUGUCCCAAGUUAAAGGGGAAUGUUGGCCUGGCUUCCCCAUUGAUAGUAGGCUGUAGAAAAGUUGCACUGCCCAGUUUGGAUGUUUUGUCCCCUCCCUGAGCCUGCCCCUACCUUCAGGGUGUCCCUGAAUAUAAGACCAGUUUAGUGCUCCUCA